CGUUCACCUGGCAUUCUGGUAUAUUUUCGAAGGCCAGACACGGUCUCACCGACGAAUGUGUAUGUUUUUUUUUGGCCUCUUCAAUAAAUUAAAAAACGGAAAAGCUGAGCUUCUGUGAUCUCUGUAUUCGCAUUUAGGAUGUUCGGACUGUACACAGCCACAGCAAUUUGAUACAGGAAGCAAGCCAGUCUGCCAAACUCGCUUCGACCCUCCGGGGCUUUAGUCCAUCAGCCAAUUCGGAUUUCGUGCGUAGAGUUGAAAAAUCAAAUUCAAUAAACAUUUGUUUACAUCUGGACUGGCCUGGACUGGCCUGGACUGGCUUCUGUAUCCGACUGGAAUUCAAAAAAUCUCACCAUUACACAUGCGCGAGUGUAUUUUCAAUUAGAUCAUUAAUUUUAAUAUUGCGCGCGCUUGUGCGAUUUCAAUUAGUUUGUUUUGGUCAGCCACUUAUUCAGUUCCAAUUAGAGAUGGAUGCCAUACUAGGGUGAACCAAGGUGAACCACCAUGCCUAUGACUCUGCCAGCCGCCACCACUGCGGGCGCCACUGCCACUACUGCUGCAACGCCUGCCGCUGCCACACUCUCCAUAGCAACUGGCGCCCAGAUGUUGCGUCCCCAGACCCUGGCCGGGCCCGAGCGGGAGCCCAUCGAGUUCAACAUCAAUCUGGUGGGUGCCCCGCCCGAAGUCGAGCAGCUAGUGGAGCAGAUCAAAAGCGUGGCUGAGCAAUUCCUUUACCACUGGAAGAGUUUCCCCAUCGCUCUGCCACAGCCCCUGGCCGCCAGCGGCCUGAAUCUGACGGCCAGCAACGCGACGAACAGCGUGAGCAGCCGCAAGACCCGGCCCAUCAAUUUGCGGGACCUGUUCAUAGCUCCGCCGUUCGACGAGCUGGAUGCUGUGGCCUCCGAUGGGAGCGGAGAGCCCCGCCGUCUGACGAGCGCCCAACUGAAGACGCUGCGGGAAACUGGCUUGCAAAAGGAUAAAUAUGGAAAGCCGAAGAAAUUAACUUUGGAACAAUUGGAAACAAUACGUAAAAAUGGCGAAUUCGAUGUGCCCAGCCUGCAUUUUCCGGGCCAGGUGCACAAGUGGCGUCUGUCGCAGUUGCUGCAGAAGGGCAAGUUACGCGCCCAUGACUCCUUCCUCAGCGACCUGGCAUUGGCAGCCCGUUUUGUGGUGGUCACUGCCCGGGCUCGAAUCUUUUCCCACUUCUUCUCCAUCGUCCAUGCCGUGCAUGGACUGCUGGGAGCGUUCACCAAACUGGCGGAUAUGUUUAUUGGCGUUCCGGCUCUGUUGGCUCAUAAUCUGGACUACAAGAUCAAGGAAGAGCGCUGCCGGUUCCUCAUCGCCGAGUUGGUUUGUCGGCCCGAGUUCGAAGACUGCUUGGAUGGCCUCUGCUCCUAUGUCCGGAAAAUGCUGCGACGCGCCACGAUGGAGAAAUUCGACUUCAACAGCUGUGAUGUGAGCCAGCCAGUGCCAUAUCUGUUUCUCACUCCAAAGGGCCAGGAGAUCGAUCUGCGGCUCUUCUGCCGCGACAUUAUGCGCAAGGCCCUCCCCAUUCUGAUCGGCAUCUUGGAGAGGGAGACGCGAGGCUGGUUCCUACACUUUCGGGAACGUUUGAUUGCCGAAUUGCGGGCCAAGAAGCUAAACGACAAGGAGAUCGAGGAGGAGGUGAACGAGGCGGUGAUGCGAGAGUAUCUGCAGCGGGUCUACAGCUCUAUCAUAACCAAUGCCAAGCUGGCGGAGCUGGGCGCUGGAGUUCCCGAACUGCUUGUGCAGCAGGCUCAGUCGGUAGUGAUCAUGUACAAGGCUGUGGACAAGGUGCAGCAGGAUGUGAAGCGAACGCGCGAGGACCACCAGAAGUGCCUGGCCAAUGACCACUCUGUUCUAUCGCGUGUCUCUCCCUGGCUGCGUUCCAAGCUGCGGCGUGCCGAGGAGUCUAGGAUGUACAAGUGCGCCUGGUCGGCCCACGAGGAGGCCCUGAAGAUGUGUGCCCAGCACAACUUACACCAAACUGCCUACUUCCUAUCUCGAGAUCUUGCCUUCAUGAAGGAGCGCGAGCCCGUUCUGUUGAAAGAGCUGAAGAAUGCUAAGACACCGACGCGUAGUUUCCAGUGGGCGUGUCGCAUCUGGUCGCCGCAGUCAUGGAUAAUUCGCCGCAAUUUCCAGGGCCAGUCCGACGUUAUUCCGACUGUUAUCAGCCAACAGGCUACCAGCAUUGUCACCCCGCGCUCCGAUCCCAGCCAGCCAGUGUUUCUGGUUGAAAAGGAGGUCAUCCGGACCACCAGCACACGCUGGCCUUUCUGGCGCCUUCUAAACAUGGUCCAGCGCAUCUGGUGCUGGUCCUGGAACAUGAUGUAUCUUCUCGGAAUUCUUGUGCCCUGGUGUAGUCCCCUGGGACUGAGAGCCCUCUGUUGCGUUAAGCCCUUUAUGCCGGACCUCGAGCUCUCACAGAUCAAUGGUACGCUAUUUCCGCGAAAGACCAGCAUCACCCAAACAAUGGCCUCGCGCCUAAUCGAGCUCUGGCGGCACAUAUCAAAGUCGCGCACACAUUUCGAAACGGAACCAGACACGGGAUUUAUUGGCAAAGGAUUGACUCGCAACCUAAAUCGAACUUGGAACUACUUUGUAAAAGGAUUCCUGGGAACUGUUGUCAUACUGUUCGCUUUUCCGCUAAUCUGUCUGGCCACCAGUUUCCUGAGCAUUGGCUUGGCUGUCACAGCUCCGCUGUGGAUUCCGGUGUUUGUUCUCCUGCUGCACAUUUAUAUGAUACUCAUUUACGACCUGGAUGCUCCGGAUAACACAAAGAAUCGCUACUGCAUUCUGUUAGAGGCUCUAAUUUGGAAUCUUCUUAUUCAAGGCUUGCUGCAGCCACUAGCUGCGGUUCUGGUGGCCACAUUGAUAUGUCCACUGGCGGCCGGAGUCGUCUUUAUAGUUGGAGUUCUACGUUAUUCCCUCCGCCUGGUAUGGGACUCACUUACUUACCAUCUCUUCAUCAAAAAAUGUGGACGGAUACCGGCCUCGGAUAGCAUUGCAGUGAAGCGGAUCGCUGGACCAGGACUAGCUCUAGACUACUACUUUAUAAUUCGACCAGAGCAGGCUUUGGCAGCACUAGAGGCUAAAAUGGAACUGGACGAGCUGCAGGCCUACCAACAUGCUACCGAGCGUGUAGUUCUUCAGCCUCAACAGGACUUUCUGCAGUUUGUCGAAGCCUGCUUUGGGCCCUUCUCGGCGCAGAUCAGCAAAACUGGACCCUACUUGUCACUGGACCGCGAGGCGCAGGAUCUGAUGAGCACACUGCACGAGAAGCUGGAGAAGCGGCGAAGGGAGCUGCAGACGGCCUUGACCUCUCAGGUUAAGUCACGAAUCAAGUUAAAUACCAAAGAAUUGAAGAUUGCUAUACAACUGGCCGCCCAUAUUUUAGAGAAAUAUUAUCCGUCUCAUGUCAUCGGCAGACUGUCGAUAAGCGAAGAAGAAUUUUGGGAUAAUAAGGGUCUCACGGUGAACGACUGGCCGGGAUUGGCUGGUCUCUUGUACACCGACAUAUUUAGUUUAGAUUUUCUAACGCCACUGACUGAACACGAUACACACUUUAAACUCGAACCACAUGCCUCGCUGGAUCUGAUGAGAUAUACCGAAAUGGUUAAGAACGCCACCGAUGUGAUAGGCUCCAAGGGCCUGGACCUCUUGGGGAAUGUGUAUGCGCCACGUGGUAAUGUCCAGGUCCAUCUGCCGUUCCUGGAGGUGACCGCUUUCAAUCCUCGUUCCCGCAUAACGCUCACUUUCCGCAAACCGGAGAAAAGGGACAUGUCUGUGGGCCUGACCACGCCAAGGGUGCGAGCCCAUCGCGCCCAACAAGUGCCGAAGGCGCCACAGGAUGCUCAGAAGCCUUGGCGGCCAUGGAAGCAACAGUGCAGUGAAAAGAGUGUUACCGAGAAACUGCUCAUACCGCUGCCAGUGCCACAUCCCGUGCACAUAGCCAUUGCCAUUUACAAUCGCGACACUGAACAACCCAUUCCCCUAGACUCUGAACUGGUAUGGGAGAUUCUCAAGUCUAUUGAGGACUGUCAAGGCGGAGAUGCAAUGGCUGUCCAGGCUGUGUCGCGUUAUCGAGGAGCAGUAAUCGAGUCCAGCAAUGAUUCCCUGGCCAGCAGCAGUAGCAUUGGCAGUACUCGGGAGUCUGGUUCCGGCUCUGUGUCAGGAUCGGCUUUAGGAAACGGCACAGAAACAUUGCCAUGCGGCAAUCGGGAGGUUUGCACUCAGGUGAAAGUGGACGCUGAGCCGGCGACAAACUCCUCCGGCUUCCAUUGGACUCUAAGCAAUUGGGGUGCUGCGCAAACAUCACGUCGUCGCACCAACUCCAACGUGCGCGUGGACCUUGCCAGCCCCGAGGAUAUAUCCCUCGACACGGAUAGUUCGCGUGCUGUCUUUAAUAACGCCUAUGGCACAACUGUCUAAAAGGCUCUCAGUGGUUCGGGCACACAAUUAUGUAUCGUAUUAACCUAUAUACACAUGUAGAUUUAUGCGUGGCUGCUCGCUUUUAACAAAAAGGAAAUGCAUAAUCCUAUUUUAUCAAAUCAAAUCUCGAAUAUCCUGUGUUAGAAGAUCGUUAGGAGAAUUGAUUCAAUUUAUAUAAAACAGAAAAUGUUAAAAAGAAAGCUGCCUAGCGUUGCACAUUUGCCAGUGAAAUGAUUGCCUCACCGUUUUAAUUGCAACCAAAAGAAACAAUCUAAUCUUAGUUUUGAAGGAAAUCUAAAACGCAGCCGCGCUAGUUAAAGUGUAAUAUGAACAAAUUUAUCCAUCUAACUAUAUUUAUACGCGAUAUACAAAUAUGAUUCGUUAGAAUACACAAAUCGAAAUGCAACAAUCUUCAAUCUAGUCGCAAAUUUUCUGCAGCAAUCCAAUUCGAUUUCUUGUGCAGCUGAUAAGUUAAUUAAAAAAAAAUGGCAGCUCCAUGACAAUUAUCAUUUGUGCUGACUCUACUUUGGUUACCAUUUAAAUGACUAAAACAAGAAAUUUAUUCUAGAGUAUACUAUUAAAUGCCAUGAGAUUUUUCUUUGUACCUAACCAAUACAAAAUCAUUUAUGUUGAACACAUUAAGAGCAACAAGUUUGUAUUAUAAAUAUGCCACGAAUUGUAAUAUGUGCAGUUAAACAAAUAUUGUUAAUUAAUUACUAAUUUAUUUAUAAAAAAAAACUCAAAACACUCUGAAUAUAAAGUUUUAUCAACUUCAAA